CAAGAUAUCGAUGUUGGACAAGGUGAAUUGCAUUACCCAUCUAACAUUGACUAGAUCAGUUUAUUAUAAUUAAAUGAAGUACAUUGCAUGACUAGGAUAAAUAACACAAACUUAUUGUUUUCUCUAAAAUGAAAGCGGGCAUUAAAAUGGCAGUGUUAAUUGACAAGGAUUUAACAAAUAACCGGAUGUACACGUUUCUUUUAUCAAUUGGCCUUUUUGCAAUAACGGUAAUACAAAUAGUCAUAGCGUCGGAGAGUGAGGAAAUAAGUCAUUAUGGAAAAGAGUUUAUUCUUGGAAUGACGGGUUAUGAACGAAUUCUGUACAUAGCUUCUGAGGAAAAGGGCGUAUAUAAUAUUUCUGUACCCGACUCAAAUCUAAUAAAAACAGGAUGGUUAGCUCAAGGAAGUACCAAAGUACAUAUCAAUACGAAUGUCUCUGCUGGUGUUGAGAAAAGCAGUGGUUUGCAUAUUGUUACAAGUGUCCCAGUCAGUAUCAUGAUAUCUGAUAAAGGAAAUGCAAGUGUGUACGGAGCUUGUUUGGCUUUACCUUCUUCCUUUAUGGGAACAGUUUACAUGGUUCCCGCAUACAAGAGGCGUUUCUGCGGUUUUAUUGUAGUCGCAAUUAAAGAUAAUACUAGCGUAGCGAUUAUAAGCACAUUAAACAAAACAGAGACUGCUGUACUUCCAAGUAUAUUAGACACAUUAACAUCUAUCGGUUACGAAGAAGACAUUUCAAGUACUAUUGUAUUAGCAGAUAAACCUGUUUCUGUAAUUGUGGGAACCUCAAGGAGCGAUAUAGAAUUGCAUUCAAGUAUACUUAUAGAACAGAUAUUGCCGUACGAUGCGUGGACAAAUGAAUAUAUAAUACCUCCUUUACCACCAAACUCAAACUUCACGAUGCGGAUUAUGUCAAUGGAAGAUCAAACAGUCUGUAUGUACAUUAAGCAUAAUAGAACAUGCUUUGAUGUUCAAUCCGUCACAAACAUGAAUCCUGUUGCACAGUCAGAGCCUUUAACAAUUUCAUCAAGUACCUCUAUCGCUAUCAUACAACAUGGGAUGCAUUAUUGCAAUCAGACAAAUUAUUCAUCCGAAACAUACCCAUUUAUGAUAAUCGUCCCCGGAAUAAAGCAUUAUUUAAAUAGAUACAGUUUCGUUAUUCCAGACUUUACAACUACAAACAAUUAUGUCGUUGUGAUGAUACAGACGUCUAGAGCUUCUGAAUUAAAGCUUGAUGAUAAAGCGUUUGUUUCUCUUCACUCGUACAAUGUAAGAACUUCGAAGGGACAAUAUCAAGUAUUAAUCUCAAGUAUUUCAGUAGGCUUUCACCUCCCAGAUGGAACGAAGUGUACAAGUUCGGUUUCUCGAGCCUACGGCUUUGCUUUAGGCUAUUUCUUUGAAAGGAAAUUCCAAAAUACAGCAGAACACAGCCAUGUAUUUAACAGUUGGGGAAGUUGGUCGACAUGCUCUGCAACCUGUGGUGUUGGUACUAAGUUCCGUGUCAGAACAUGCAACGAAACAAACAAUAGUGGAAAAGGCUGUAGUGGGCACAGAGGCGAAACUCAAAAGUGUUUUUCAAAGCCAUGUAAAGUUUCAGAUAUAAAUAAUUUUGAGUUGUGGACAUCAUGGACCAUUUGUUCAGUGAGCUGUGGUAGUGGUACACAAUCUUGGGAUGGUCUAUGUAAAAAUCGCACAGCUUGUCAACCAGAGGACUCAUUCACAGAAAUCCGGGAAUGCAAUAAAUACCCAUGUCCAGUGAACGGCGGAUUCAGUUUCUGGGCCACAUGGUCAGAUUGUUCAGUUUCAUGUCAAAAAGGAGUCAAACUCCGUUCUCGGACAUUUGACAAUCCUGCUCCUUCCAAUGGCGGGGACUCAUGCUUAGGGGCUAGGGAGGAAGCACACACGUGUUUCAAAGGACCAUGCCAAGGAAACGAUGUUAAGUCACAAGAUAAUAUAUGGGUUAUAUCAGCGUUUAGAGGUUUAAUUAUAGUUAUUGUUAUAAUAAUUGUAGUAGUAGUGACGUGUUACAUGAAGAAAGUGUGUUCUUCAAAUAAUGGUAAGUACAUACACCACAACUUGACUAUUUAA